AAUGUUAUUGUUGCAGAUUCAAUAUUUAGGCAGCUUGAGCUCUGGCUCAGUACACGAGAAGGCUCAUCUAAUCGUGAAAGAAUCGAUUUCCGACCAGUUCUUGACGGUUGUAACCGUCCAGGGGGGUACGCGGAACUCGUGCCGGUUGGAGGACACUGCUUUGUACAAAGCAAUAUACCUUGCCAUUUGUAAAAACAUACCACCUGACGAUCGGCCGUCUCGGCGCACCGUCAUUGACGCGUUGACUGCGGCACUGAGGGCUUCAAAGCAACGGCACUGUAGAACCGUCGGGAACGAUAAAACCGACCAGCAGCCAGAGCUUGACAUUUAAUUUAAUACUAUUAAUCUCUUAAGGUAGAUCAUGCUCGAAGUAUCGUAUUUUGUGGGUGUCUACAUUAGAUCGACUUUUACUUCCCUAAUUAAAGAAUA